AUGCUGAUCCUGGCCUGGUGGAACACCCAUCCAAGCCCUCCUCAACAACCUCCACGCCACCAUGCCCCAGCCCUAUACCCCCAUCCUCUGGCAACCACAUCCUCAGACACUUGGUUUCUCCUUGUUCCAGGUUUGAUCAGCUCAACCAGUUCGCACACCCAGAUCAUCCACCACAUCCAAGCCCACCCCGCAGCCGCCGCCCGCCUCCGCAUCGACUCCUGGGAUCAGCACCCCUGCACCCAUUUUCCACCUCAGCCACAGAUCCUCGUCGCAUCUGGACUCAAAAACUCCGUCUUCGCAUCCCAGCCCGUCAAGGAGGCCGACGGCGACGACGAGCUCAGCAUUCAUACGGAAAAGGAGCCGUCCUGCUUGCUCAACAUGUUCCAGACCUCUGCGGGAUCGGUAGUGUACAAGCCACCGGAGCAGCUGCUGUCGGAGAUCCCUCUGGCAUCUCCUUUCCUGGAAAUCUGGGUACUAGGCUGCGUGCUUUACGGGCUGCUGCAGGGUCAUUUGCCCUUCGAAGACAACUUCGAGCCCCGGCUGCGGCUCAAGAUCAUGAACAGUCAGUUCGAGUUCCCAGGCGCGUUGGUGGUCACGCCGGCAGAUAAGAGUUGGAGGGAGGCGGAGAAGAAGAAGGUGGUGGCUAAGCUUGUUCAGGGAUGUCUGGCGGUGGACCGGGACAGUCUCUGGGUAGUCUUGGAGAUUGGAUGCUCGCCCUGGCUUGACCGGGCCCCUCCUCCUCAUCCUCGUCAGACGGGUUCUAUGAUUUUCCUCAGUAUAUUGUGCAAACAAAAAGUAUGA